AUGCCGGAAAAUCAAGACAAGAACGAAGGUGAUCUCACCGAUGCAUCCAAUGAGAGCAACAUAGUCUGUCCUACUACUCUUGAUCAACUACCAGAAGUGCUUCACAAGGAAGUGGAGGCAGCAAACGCUGCUAAUGUGGCACAUGCAUUAGCAGCUUGCUCGUUCAAGACCCGUUCAAGCAAGGUGGCUGAUCUAGACAAGCUUGUCAACUUUAGAAUCGCCACCUUGUAUGGAACCUCCACUUCUGCGCCUAAGUGCAGGACAGCUAAGGCUGAGGCACCGACCAACCAGGGAGGCAACAGUAAACGAGCAAGCUACAACGGCAAGCACCAAGUACCUCAAAUUUUAAAUGCAGGAAGUGGUGGAAGCGGCCAUGAACCUGCCCAUGCUGGAUUUGUUGGGCCAGGGAUGUUGACCGCUGCUGUUUCUAGAGAUGUUUUCGCUUCUCCACCUGUUGAUUCUAUUUUAGCUGCUAUUCGAGCUGUAACUGGUCCCCUGGGGUGCCUUCUAAUAGUAAAGAACUACACUGGUGAUAGACUGAAUUUUGGAUUAGCUGCUGAGCAGGCAAAAUCUGAAGGCUAUAAGAUGGAGAUUGUCAUUGUUGGAGAUGAUUGUGCCCUUCCCCCACCUAGAGGGAUAGCUGGUAGAAGAGGUUUAGCUGGAACAAUUCUUGUGCAUAAGUUAGGUGCUAGACUUGGAAUGGGGAAACAAAGCCAUGGUCAACUUGAUAUGGCUGGAAACCGUCCACCAGCAAAGUUUCCUGUUCCUCUACCACCAUCACCUUCAAUUAAGGAUGACGAGAUUUUUGCUCCAUCUCAGGAGCUGAGCAAGCAAGGGUGUAUCCUGGAGGCUGCUAUUGAAGCAAGUGCUACUGCAAUUAUCAAUCUCAAGGAUAGCCUAAAUGAAUGGGACAGUAAAGUGGGCGAUGGUGACUGUGGAACCACAAUGUGUAGAGGUGCAACAACUAUUCUUGAAGAUAUGAAAAAGCGGUAA